AUGCACGUCAAUAACGAACUCGUCGCUACCUCCCGAGGCCCAGUGACUGAUGUCUGCGCUCUACGGAUGGAGGAGUUGUUUGGGUGUUGGCAGGAGGCCAGGAGAGCUGACAAGAUCUCUGCAAGAUUACUUGUGAUUAGGACUGAAUUGGAUGAACACUACGAACACAUCUCAGCUGUCUUGAAGGAGGUCGAAUGUUCAAGUCGACUCCUCCGGGAUCUCUACGAUCUGUUCCCCAUCUACCGAAGUCGUGUUCCCAUGGUCCUUUACUACCUUCAGAUCAUUCUACCAACCAUGUGCAAGACGAUGAGAGAUAUGACCAUCUACAUCGAGAACGACGCACUCACGAUAAAGGAUCAAUGGGUGGUAAUGAACAAUCGACUAUCUGCCCAAGGUGGAAUGACAUUGGCACAACGGUUUUUAAUGUACUGUGAGGCUUUGGUACAAACGGUUCGGCUAUUGAGCAGAUCGCCUUUGUACGAUCCCACCUCGUUAGAGCUGUUGCGCGUGCGACACAUGCGGUUGAGGAAACUUCAGGGUCUUCCAGCACUCAUCCCGUAUGGUAUCGUAGAACAGCCGCUUGGCCAGAUCGUACGCCAUGGUGCCCCGCCGCAGCCUAACCAGGAACAGCUGGAGAAACGUCAUUGGGCAGAAAAGAUCUUUGACGAUCAGCCCCAUUCGACUACCGGUCUGAAACACAAACGAGCCUCGAAAUGUUUUGGGCCGCCGAUGGUGGAGCAUCUGUUGGGGAUUCCUCAGGGGUCAAAGGUCCUGUUCAAACUUCCAUUCGACAAAAACAGACUCUCCGUAACCCUCUACCUCCACGCCGACGGCGCCGACGUAACGCGCCUCCUAUGCCGCUGGAUGGACCGCUACUUCAACCCCAUUUACUCUUGUUACGGCGUACACGAACUAUGCGUAAGACGAAAAGGCUCCUCCCUCCAAUUCCGUCGCUGGAGCAGUAACCGAGCACAUGCUAAGAUCUGGAUGGCGCUGUUCUUCAAAACUUGGGAGAGGAUGGUGCUUUUUCACUGUGCGUUUGUGGCGCUGAAGGCGAGGUGUCCGUUCACGCUUAGUGUGUACCCUGAGGAGUAUGCGUUGGGUGGUGAGAAUGUGUUGUUUCGAGGGCAGAUUAUCGAUGACGGAUUCGAACACUCUCUCGCUGUAAUCCAAGAUCAUAAAAGUGGUGGUCUGAGACUUCACGCCGCUGUUUGGAGUGGCGAGUUGAGAAAAUGUCCUGUUUGGACUGCUUUUGUAACAUAUCAAUCCGAAUCCUCCCGCUGGAUGGACCGUCGUAGUCGUCAUCGUAUCUGGCUUAAAGAUAUCACGCCUUACGUCUUCUGUGGAAAUUACAAGAAGAAACAUCAGAUGCGCAAACAUGGGGAGUUUGAGAUUUAUUUUACGGAUAAAUAUGCCGCUGAUGCAUUCGAAGAAAUCUUUCGAGUCGACGACGGUGGGACGCAGGGCUCUGAAGACGUAAUGGAUGUUCCUGUCAGAGGACCGAGUCGAGGUCCUCCUGAAGAAGGGUUUAAUGGGUAA